CAGGCACAUGCACAGAUCUCCAAAAAAUGAUCGGUCGGUGGAAAAAGUGCCGGCCCGGGCCGGCACCGGCGGUAUACAUUUCCCUACCCUAUAAGAGCUCGCGCUGCUACCCUGCUCCUCCCACCCGGCCACCCCUCGCGUACGCGAUCCCGCCACGGCCGUGCCGUUUGUCGUCGUCGCCCUUCCUGCAGCGACACCGCCCAACGGCAUCCCAGCCCCACCCGCAUCCUCCUCGUCGCGUAGGCGUCGUCCGGGCGGAUCCGCGGAUGGCCGUGCAGGCGCAGCACCUCGCCCACGCCUUCCACCACCAUGACUACUCCCGCGCCAUCAGCAGGCCAGCAAUGGACGACGACGCGGCGGCGUUCCUCGGCGAGCCCGCCGCCGGCCACCUGGUGCUGCGACCCCCCGCGCCGCCGCCGCCGCAGCAGCAGCGGCAGCAGGUGGGCGGCAACACCGUGUUCAGCGACCCGCGCAGCGAGCUCACCUGCAACAACAACCUUCACGACAGCGUCUGCUUCGCGCCGAGGAAGCGCGCGCGGACCGGCGACGUGGCGGACGACGGCCUGACCAUGGAAGGGCACCGCGCGCUGCUGCCGGUGCCGCAGCCGCUGGCGUUCGCGCCGAUGGACGACGAGCAGGGCAGGGUCCUCUGCUCCGUCGACGCGUCCACCAGCGGGCGCCUGCCCGGCCCCGGCUCCGCGCCGGCCUCGCACAGCGUCCUGUCGCAUCUCUACCGCCACAGCGUCGAGAUCGACGCGUUCGUUCGCAUCGAGAACGAGAGGCUGCGGUCGGGGCUGGAGGAGGCGCGGCGGCGGCACGCGCGCGCCGUGGUGUCGGCCGUGGAGCGUGCGGCGGCGCGGCGCCUGCGGGCGGCGGAGGCCGACCUGGAGCGCGCCCUGGCGCGCGGCGCGGAGCUCGGGGAGCGGCUCCGGCAGGUGGGCGCCGAGGGCCAGGCGUGGCGGGGCAUCGCCAGCGGCCACGAGGCCGCGGCCGCGGGCCUGCGCGCCACGCUCGAGCAGCUCCUCCUCCAGGCGCCGCGCGCGGGGGCCGAGGCCGAGGCCGAGGACGCGCGGUCGUGCUGCUUCGGGCCGGCGCAGGAGGGCGCCCAGGCCGCCGCCGGGAGCCGGGGAGCGUGCAGGUCGUGCGGCGCGGCGGACGCGUGCGUGCUGCUGCUGCCGUGCCGGCACCUGUGCCUGUGCGGCGGGUGCGAGGCGGGCGCCGAGGCGUGCCCCGUGUGCGCGGCCGCCAAGAACGCCUCGCUCCACGUCCUCCUGUCGUGACUCGUGACCUCGUCGGCCCCCGCGCGCAGGCCGACGCAUAGUUUCGUUGGACUGAUCGUGCAUUCCAAGGUCGCGUCCUCUUGUUUUUUCGCCCCUCCUUUUUUGUUUCUCAACGUGAUGAUCAACCAGUGUUCUUUUUUAUGGGUUGGGUUGCCUUCAGUUUGAUGCCUUUUGCGGUGUUGCUGUCUGUAUGGUAUCAGUGUGGAGUUGUUGAAAUGGUGAACAGAUUCGGUCGAUUUAUAUUGGCUCCAUCUGAGGCAAUCCAAUGCGAUCACAUGGUGCCUCCUGGCCUUUUGCGUU